CAAUGGGUCCGCAAGUGUGAGUCAUGUGGCGCAGCCUUGCCGGGUAAUGCAGACGUCACUCCUAACGCAUACCUUGCAAGAAGGAGAUUUGAAUAUGAUGCACAGGGGAACUUAUUUCUCUAUUCUAAGCUGGAAAGUCCACAUUCUGGGGCCCACCCACGUGAAUGUAACCAGUGUAGAAAAGCUUUAAGCCACGAUCAAGCCCUGGUUGAUCAGGAAACCAACAGCAACAAGAAACCCCACAAAUGUACCAAAUGUGGGAAAGGCUUCUCCCACAAAUCAGAACUCAUCACUCAUCAGAGAGUCCACAGGGACGAGGGGUCCCCUGGAUGCAACAACCAGGAUGGCCUCAGGGAGGAGGUUUACAUCCGCAAACAUCCGAGAAAUCACACAGAUGAGAAACCUGGCAGAAAUGGCAAAUGUGGUAAAAAGCUCUCCCCAGAGAUAAGCCUCUCCAUACCCGAGGCCAUUCUGGCUGGAGAGAAGCCUUAUAAGUGUUCAGACUGUGAGAAAAUUUUCUCCCACAAGUCACGUCUCAUCGAACACCACAGAUCCCACACAGGAGAGAAACCCUAUGGCUGCGAAGAAUGUGGGAAAUCUUUCUCCCGCAAGUCAUGCCUCAUUAUCCACUACAGAAUCCACACAGGAGAGAAGCCCUAUGGCUGCAGCCAGUGUGGGAAAGCCUUCUUCCAGAAGUCACACCUCAUCCUUCAUCAGAGGACUCACACCGGAGAGAAGCCCUACGAGUGCAGUGAAUGCGGGAAGGCUUUCUCCCAGAACUCCUGCCUCAUCAUACACAAGAGAACCCACAUGGGCAAGAAGCCCUAUGAAUGCUCUGACUGUGGGAAAACCUUCUCCCAGAAGGCAAACCUCAUCAGACACCACAGAAUUCACACCAGGGAUAAACUGUAUGGAUAAAGUGAGAGAGAGGUUUUCAUCAGGAAGUCCCAACACAUCUAGGAAUGAAACCAUGGCUUUUAUGAAGGCUGAAAAUCCUUCAGCAUGAAGUCCAAUGCCACUGUGGGCAGAGCUUCCUACCAAGGUGAAGUCCUACCAAUUUGGAGAAUUAGGAAAAGCUUAUUCUCUUAAAAUUAAGGAUAGAAGAGUAAUGAGGCUCUAGAGGGAUCUAUUUUUAUAGGAUAAACUUAAUUAUGAAGUGUAUCUUUGUCUACAUUAACCAUGGAUAUUGAGCUCUAAGUAAGUGAACAAUUUAAAGCAUUAAGACAGCAGAUCAAGUAAGACACAGAACAAUCCUAGGGGUAUAAGGGAACUGUGUUCCUGGAGAUGCUACAUGAAAAGAAUUUUAUUUUACUUGUUUUUGAACUGCAUUUGUAGUUGAACACCACUGUGAACUUGUAGACACAGAUACCGUAACAUAUAGGAUGACACCUAUCAAGAGUUUCCACACUAAAUUACACCUUUUGUCUUUAACAUACAUUAUAACUGGAACAAUAUCAAUUUAUGACUCAAUCCAUACACCAUACCACAUACAUUUGGUUUUUUUGUUUGCUGGCGAGUAUUACAGAGCCCCCCUGGACCUGGAA